AUGUCCGGUGGGAUCUUCGCCCCGCUGGAAAACCUGUGUGGCCUCGACAACGCCAACUGCCACCCGCUGGUGUGCUUCCUGUGCCAGGAGCAGUACGAGCACCCCUGCCUGCUGGAUUGCUACCACAACUUCUGUGCCAGCUGCCUGCGGGGAAGAGCCAUCGAUGGCCGCCUGGCCUGUCCCCUCUGCGGCCACCAGUCCGUCGUGAAGGGGAACGGGCUCCCUCCCGAAGACCAGCUGCUCAAAUUCCUGGUGGACAGCUCUGGAGACUACGAAGAAGAUGUCCUGUGUGCGAAUUGUGACCUGCAAAGCACAAAGCAGGAGCUGGACGCCAUGUACUUCUGCAACACCUGCAGCCAGCCGCUGUGUGCCAAGUGCCGGGAUGAGACCCACAAGGCCAGGAUGUUCUCCCGCCACGAGAUCGUCUCGCUGAGCAAACGGGCGAAGGAGGUCCAUAAGAAAUGCCCCCUCCAUGAGGAAUUGUACAUCAUGUUCUCCACGGAGAAAAAAUCCAUGCUUUGCAUUAACUGUUUCCGGGAUAUGCCUGUGGAGAGCCGAGCUCACUGCAUCGACAUCGAGACGGCCUACAUGCGAGGGUGCGAGAAACUGGACCAGGCUGUGAUGGCGGUGAAGGAGCUGCAGACGUCCACCCGGGAGGCCAUCGUCCUGCUGAAGGCCAUGAUCGAGGAGGUCCGGAACAGCGCGGACGAGGAGGAGACGGCCAUCAACGCCCUCUUCGGCAGCAUGCAGGAGAAACUGGCCGAAAGGAAGAAGACGCUCCUGAAAGUUGUGCAGAGCCAGUACGAAGAAAAGGGAAAAGCUUUUAAAGGACAGCUUGCUCACCUGGCUUCAUUGCUGCCCACCCUGCAGGUGCACCUGGUGACCUGCUCGGCGUUUCUUAGUUCGGCCAACAAAGCUGAAUUUCUGGAUUUGGGCUACCAACUCAUGGAGCGCUUGCAAAGGAUUGUCAAACAACCCCACCGCUUGAGGCCGUCGCAAACUAGCAAGAUCAACAGUGAAUACCGGGCAGAGUUUGCCCACUGCCUGGAGCCCCUGCUACCCUUAUCCCCACGCCGGUCAGUGGUGGGGACCACAGGAACCAUGGGACCCGGCAUGAGCAACAGCAACAUGAUGUCUGGGGGUCCCGGCUCCAAGACUCUCUUGGUGGCCAGCUGUCCGUCUUCCCACGAGACGAUGCCCCUGGCGGGGUCGCCGGUCAGGAAGGCCACCAUGCACCGAUACAUCAGCACCAAAGUCCUUUUGGCCGAGGGGAAGCAGACCCCGUUUACCGACCACUGUCGCGACUACGAGAACAUGUAUCGGGAGCUACAGACCGAGAUUCAGAGCUUGAAAGACCACGUGCAGGAGCUCCACCGGGACCUCACCAAGCACCACUCCCUGAUCAGGACGGAGAUCAUGGGCGAAGUCCUGCAGAAAUCCCUCCAGGUGGACGUUCAAAUCGCCUCCGAAUAUUCCUCCGUGGAAAUGAAACGGACCGAGUUCGAAGAGACUUGGGAGGAAACUUACCAGCGGGUGGCCAAUGAACAGGAGAUUUAUGAAGCCCAGCUCCACGACCUGCUGCAGCUGAGACAGGAGAAUAGCUACCUGACCACCAUCACCAAGCAGAUCGCCCCCUACAUCCGCUCGAUCGCCAGGGUCAAGGAGCGGCUGGAACCCAGGCUCCAGGACUGGAAAGACAAAGCGGAUCAGCCGGAGAGCCUGCUCAAGAUCUACGAGGACGGAUCCCCCCCGGCCCAGACUCAGCCCAGCAGCGGCAAAGAGUGGACACUGAAAGCAGAAACGCAGGUGCCGAAAAACACCGAGGUCUUCAAAAACACGCCGAAAAUCCAGGCGGAGACCCCCUCGGACCCCACAGGAGCCCCAUCGAGUCUAACCAAGGAUGGAGAUCUGGAGACAGAGCUGCUCUUGAGCUGA